ACUGACCACAUCUCAGUAUUUAUCCCUCAUACAACUUUUCUGUUUUUUUUUUUUUUUGUGGUAUUUCUCUCAAAUGGAGCACGCCACUGGAUCAGGCAUGUCAGAUCACCAUUCUCUUCUGCAAGUUGUUUCAGAUCUUUGCUCGCCCAUGGAGAACAGUUCAACUAUGAGACCAACAUGCAUGCUUCUCCAGUCAAUAACACUCAUAGCAGGGUUCACUUCAUGGCUGUAUCAGGUCUUGCAAGGAGCCACAGACUGGAGAUCAAGAUACACUUCUGCAAAUGUUGCCUCUGAAAAAUUAGAUUUGAAGACCUGUUGAUGUCAGUGAGAUUGACACUUGGACCAUCAAGAGAAGACGCUUUCUGAGAGCCCAGCUCCAGUCCAUCUGACUCUAUGACUGGGGGGUUCACCGUGGCUCCAUCCUUUGCUCUCCAGUUGCACAAGAUGGGUUCGUUCAGAAGGCCCAGACCUCGUUUCAUGAGCUCCCCUGUGCUCAGCGAUUUGCCACGUUUCCAAGCAACCCGGCAGGCUUUGCAGCUGAGCUCCAAUUCUGCGUGGAACAGUGUUCAAACAGCAGUGAUAAAUGUGUUCAAAGGGGGAGGCUUGCAGAACAAUGAACUUUACACCCUCAAUGAAAAUAUCAGACGGCUGCUGAAGAGUGAACUUGGAUCCUUCAUCACAGAUUACUUUCAGAACCAGCUCCUUGCGAAGGGCUUGCUGUUUAUAGAGGAGAAGGUUAAGCUGUGUGAAGGUGAGGAUCGCAUUGAUAUCCUGUCCGAAAUUUGGGAUCACUACUUCACAGAGACCCUUCCCACACUCCAGGCAAUAUUCUAUCCAGUCCAGGGUCAGGAAUUGACUAUCCGUCAGAUUGCUCUUCUUGGCUUCAGAGACUUGGUCUUGCUCAAAGUGAAGUUGGAAGAGAUCCUGCCUCUCGUCCAGGCAAAGCUCCCAGCUUCCAUUGUCCAGAUGCUGUUAAUUCUGCAGAGUGUCCAUGAGCCUACUGGCCCCAGUGAGGGCUACCUACAGCUGGAAGAACUUGUCAAACAGGUGAUAUCGCCAUACUUGGGCAUGUGUGAAGAUCACAGCUUCUCUGGUAGCACCUGCUUGCUUGAGAGACGGUACUCCAGAUCCCGUCCUAAGACUGGUAUACUGAAUUAUUCAUCGCAAAUGGUGACGAGUCGGCAGCCCAGCGAGAUGGCCCUAACACCGCUCACAGAGCAGGAGGGUGAGGCUUAUCUGGAAAAAUGUGGCAGCAUUCGUCGCCACACUGUUGCCAAUGCUCACUCAGAUAUUCAGCUCCUGGCAAUGGCCUCCAUGAUGCACACAGGAAUGGUCAUUGAAGAGUCAGACAGCAACGACAAAUGCCUCCUGCUGCAGUCCAGUUUCAGCCACAGGCAGUGCUCUAGUGAGCCCAGUAUUGCUGAUGGGCCGGAGGGAGUCAUGGCAGCAGGUAGACAGGACUCUGCAGAGCUGAACUGCACAUCAGUCAGCUAGAAGAAAUCUUGUCGAGGAGAAAAGAACAGUAUGCACUAACUUGGACAAGCUAUCAUGUCAUCCCCACUGGGAAAAGAGGAGAAUAUGAUCUUUGCUCAUGUCAUUGAAAUGGUUGGGUGGGGUGUCUUAUGUCUCUUUGGAAAUGUUCUCUAGAUUUAUUUUUCGUGACUGUUUAGGAUCAUUGUUGAUGGAGGUACUUGGUUGCUUUUGUCCCUCUUUCUCAAUUCUGUACUGCUUUUUUGCUCUGUGCCUCCAUAGCAAAGAGCGCUGUGCUAAACCUUCUCUUUGCUUCUGGCACUGGGAUGGUGAUGGCUGAGGACUAUAUUUUUCCUUUUGAAAAAGGGAACUCAGGGAUGAAACCACUUGCAUCUUUCAGAAAAAUCUGCACGGAUACCUUAUGAGAGAAGAUGCUUUUCUUUGCCUGCCAUGAGCAUGGAUAAAAAGUCCAAGACUCAACAAGCCUGAACAGAACUGGAUAUAUGUGGAAGCCGAGUUGAGUACUUCAUAUGUACUUUAUUUGGUUUCAGUCGUAUCUUUAGGGGUGGUAAAUUGGGUGCAAAGGUGGGGGGUAAAUUGGGGGCAAAAUAUAGUCCUGAGCAUCUUGGCAUUUGUCAUCAGUUUGCUCCUAAAAGGUCAACGUUGGUAGGGCUGCACUGAAAGGAGAAAUCUAAAUGGAUUCCUUCAGAAAGAAAACGCUUAACAGAAUCUGCACUUUUGUUGUGUGGAUGGCAUGAAGUUGCUUUUCAAGAAGGGACCAUCAUGAUUCCAGAGCACGAGCUGAUAUAAAGGAUUUCAUCCGUGGGCCUUUCUGGCACUUCUAGCACUUGGCGGAUUUUGUGAGACCAAAGACAACCAGCUGGAUGUAGAAAGGUAUCCUGCCUCUGUAGCAUAUUCGUGAAGUGCUUCUGACCUCCAGUGGUGUUUGAUUCAGUGCAGUAUUUCUUUUAAGAUAAAGCAAAGGCUAUUUGCAGUCUUUGUUUUUGUUUUAAUUUUGAAGAUCAGUAAUGGGUCCAGUUCUCAAGAAAUGCAAACGUGCCUGUGUGUCAGGCACUGCAGUCCACAAUGUCUGCUUUACAGCAUCACUUGGUACUCAAACGCUGCUUCUGUGGGAACACAACCAAUCUAUUUGAGCAGUCCGCUGGGAUACCCUGCUGAUGUCUUGCUAAGUAGAUUUGCGAGUGUAAUUACAGGCUUAGAGGUGAACUGAAAUGCUGCCUUAAAUGUCAAAUCCCAUUAAAAAUAUGGAUAUAACACCACUGCCACUAGCAUCCAGUCCCUGUGGUACUGACUAUAAAUAAAUCUACCUUGACAAGGAAAACAGAAGGCUAGAUGAGCCUUCAGGACGUUUUUUUCAGUACCAUGACAUUAACUACAGAAUCUGCCCUGUUUCUGUUGGGCAUUAAGCAUCAUCUGCUCCACCAUCUGCAGUGGAAGUGCACCUCAGACCUGUCAGGAUCUGUCCGUAGCAGCAUGUGCAGCAAAAAGAAAGCAGAUUAUUAUCUCUUGUGGUUUGCAAUUGUUCAAAGAGAUAUUUGAAAAGGGCCUGCUUUUUCUUGCUGUUACCUAAGGCACCUUAGCUGUUGACCUUUGUGGAAAUGCCGAGUAUUUUGAUCACCAGCCGCACUUACAGCUUGAGGAACAGAGAUGUAGUUGUGCUGUGUGCCUCCUAAAGGGAGCAUGCACAGCCUGGUAGAGGCCAGAAGGAGGUGGCUUUAAGCAGUCUUUCCUUCAGAUGGACUCUAGACUAAAUUGCCUUCCUACUCAUAAAUUGGCCUGGUCAGGCCAAAUUAUUACCUGAUGUCAUCUGUCCAGGAUGGCCGUGGCUUGUGGUGGGGCUCCACAGUCUCUGCAAUGACAGCAAAACUCAGUAGUCUGCACUGGUGUUACCUUGGCAUGCUCCUUCCACCGUGGGGCGGAUGAGGUCAUCCUGCUCCAAGGGAAUUUCUUUGGCCGCUUGCAGUGAUUUAAUGCCUUCCCUUUACCAUAGUAUGGCGUGUGGGGAAGUGGUCGCCCUGCAGCAUUUCAGUUCACUCUCACAGAUGCUUUUCUUCUCUCUGUUUCUCCUCUACCCCCAUUUCCCUUUUGUAAUUAUUCAAGCCCCCUGGAUUAGUGAGUGGAGUCCUCUUUUAUGAAGAAAAUGAGAACGAUUUAUUUAUUUCCUGGCAUACUCUUGGAUCAUCAUCUCUGGGGCUAAUAGGAAUCUAGUCCUGGUUUUAACUUGAAUUUCUUUUGUUUUACAUGUAUGUAUAAUUUGACUUUGUAUUGGUUACUUUGCAAAAAUUUGCACCAAGCCACUCUGAAUCGUGCACUUCGCGUGUUGUUUUGUUUUUAGGGAGAUUUAAAGCUGGUGGCUUUACUUUGUGAACUGAAGUAAAAAAAAUUGUUCUAUAAACAAAAGUGAGGGUCUGGUAAUGAGCACCACUUUUACAAACAUUUAGGAUGCACAACGCUCUGCAAGCACAUACCCUUUACAAGCUGCACAGGUAAACCUGGAAGUGUCUGGGAAGCUGGCACGGAGGAGCGGCGCACCGGCACUGAAGCAGAGUCAGGACCGCGGGGCAGCACCGCGUCACUGGCACUCAGUGGAGGAUCAUCUCUGCCUGCUGAUGGUAGGUCCCUGGAAGCAACUGGCAGAGACUCUGCCCCCAGGUAAAAGCUAUGAUAUGAGAAAAUUUGCAUUUUACAUACAAGAUUUUGGUUUGAGACUGGUGUUACACUUCCUCUCAGCUCACCAUUUCACACAACUGUGACAGAGGCACAGGGUGGGUCUUUUCCACCCUCAGUGGUCUGCUGCUUGAGAAAGCCUUCUGGGUAAGCUGUCAGUAGAGCAAGAAAAGAUUUCUCUCACCACCUCCAAAGUCUGCAUGUUACCUUCUGAAUGGAUUAUUAUCCAGAUUAAGUCACUUCUCAUCUCAUCAAAUUUGUCUUCCUUCUGCCAGUUUUAGUACUGCUGUCUUCUCUUUUUAAGAUAAGUGAUUUAUUCUCUGUGUCCUUACAGUUCUGUCAUAAACUUACUGAGGGGUCUCAGCAGAAUUGGGCAAGUGAUGUGGUUUUAUUGCCAGCAAGCCGAGCUGCCUCAGUCCCCUGCUGGCUGGGCAGCAACCUGGUUUACUUUUAAAUUUUCUGUCUGAAGAAAUCCAGUAAAUCUUGAUGUGGCUAAGUUGCUGGCACUGCUGCCAGCAUGGGAACCGCAGUAGGGCUUGGGAUGACUCUCACAUAGCACAUUUCUUUUUGGGUCUUAAUGGCAAUGGGUUCCCACUGGAGGAAUGUUUUUUUCAUUCCUGACUCUUUCAGUCUGCCUGUGUGUUCACAGCAGUUGUCCCUCCCUAAACAUUUAUUUUAUGCUAAUUGU